AUGUCAGUUAACGCUGCAAGUCUUGAUAAAGUUGCUGAUAAUUAUUUGCUCAAAUUCCUUCGGGAAACUGACGAAACCAGGCUCAAUUUUUACAAAAACUUUCCGGAUAAAUAUAUAAAUGGAUGUAAAAUAACGGAGAAUCAAGUAAUAUUUCUGUCUCGAAUUAUUUCUUCGAACACCACCAGCCUACCACGAAGCAGAUAUGAGCAGAUGUUACGAUUAAUACCAUCUAGCAAGAUUGCGUACAAACUGAUGGAAAAGAUGCAGGAUUAUUAUUAUGAUGAGUUUUUGAAGAACCCCACAGUAGAGAGAGAGUUUUAUUUCGACGAGAACUUUUGUGGAACGAAUGUAAAAGGGAGGAUCGAGCACCACGACUCCUUCUACGUUGACUUUGCCACACACCGCAGAUACAAGCUGCUUUUUGUGCCGGGGAAAUUUUACAACGACGAAUGCUCCAUAUGUGGCAGCGAAUUCGAUGAAAUGACACUCGUGCACAAACUCACAUGUGGACAUGCCUUUCACUUCCAGUGUCUGGACAUGUGGCUGCAGAACAAGACCUCGUGUCCCCACUGUAGGACGGUGGUCGUGAAACGCUUGAAGAAGACCAAGAACAUCCACAUUGAUGACCAAUCAAACGAGUUUGUUAUUUCCAUACAAACAGAAACAUCCUACAAAUGA